GUUCGUGUACUGUGCCGCUGACAAUGAGCCGCGGCGGUGACUGUGAUAAGUGAUUCGCGUAAGGCCAUCCUCGUUGCUGAACGCGUAUAGUGGCAGUGGAGAAAGAUCGCACGUCGACCGCUGAUAGAGUUCAUCUCUUGAUGAUUCGCGCUUUACGUGGGCCGCAGGCAAGCCGGAACUCGCAAUUAUGCUCGAGGUACCGCCGAAGUUCUACGAGCUGUGUCGCCUUUGUUUAUCGUCGGACGGUGUCAAGUUGUCCAUAUUCGAGGAGGAGGAGGGCUCCCAGCGAGACUUCGCCGCCAAGAUACUGACAUGUCUGUCGCUUACGGUGAAGGAUGGUGAUUCCUUACCAACAUUUAUCUGCCAUCGGUGUGUAUAUAAGUUGGAUGCGCUGUGUAACUUUCGUGAGGUGUCGCACAAGUCUGACAUUAUACUCAAACAGUACCUGGAUUAUGCCAAGCAACUGUCGUCUCACGACGAGCAGAAAAAGUCUUUCUCCACUGCCAAAGUAGCGGGCGCGAGCCCUCUGCAAUCGUUCCUCCAAUUGAGCAAGAUACUGUUCAAUGAGGAGCCUAACUCCGAGCCGGCCAGCAUUAAUCAAAACAUAAUACCUCAAACACAAACGCAUCAUCUGGAAUUGCAUAACGACGACAUGCCAGAGUUUUACAAUGUUAAGUGCGAGCCAGGGGACGACACCUGCUCCAACAGUUCAGAUUCCGACCGAUUGGAGAUAGAGGAUCGUGACGAGCAGGAGAUCGAGAGCGAAGAAAAUGGUUACGACACGAUGGACACCAAAAGAAUUAAGAUGGAGAGUAAUCACGAUGACUCCGAGCCUAACACAGCUAAUUGUAGCCCGGUUAAUAGGAUGGACACUCCGGAAAGCAAUUGCUCUGACACCAACAUUGAUCAGGAAACGACCAAGUUAUGGCAAGCCCUAGCUAACAAUAGAAGCUUGGAAAUCACUCGAACGAACGGCGAUAAGCUGAACAAUGGAUUUACCGGCGAAGCGACCAAUCUGCUGCGCACUUUGAUCAACAAUAGGCAGAUCGGUAUUACCACCGUUGAUUCGGACAAGUUAUCUCCGCAAGUCAGAUUUUACAGGGAGGUCCAAGGGACUACCAUGGAGCGUACCGUAUCCGAUUGCCCCGUACUCGGUAAUCGUACCAAUGUAGCAGCUUUAGAAAAUAAGAGUGCCUCGAUAGACAGUAAUCCGUCUAGCCCUGCCAGCAUCAGCCGUAAGGAGGCGACGACGACGAAAGGUCGCAGGAAACAGAGUUACCCAAGCAAGGCCCCGGCGAGUCCAGACGUCGUCACCGCGUAUCAGCACGAACACAACGAAGAACAAGCGCAGGAUUUCACUACCUGGCCCAACAAGAUAAAGAAUAAGAUGGACGAACAAAAACAACAGCUUGACCAGCAAAGUAGUAACGUUGCGAAGAAGGUGGAGAUGUCCUGUUCGAAUUGCGGAACUAUGACGACGACUAUCUGGAGAAGAAAUAUGAAGGGCGAGAUGGUGUGCAAUGCUUGCGGGCUGUAUUACAAGCUACACGGCAUUAAUCGUCCGGUUACCAUGCGGAGGGAUACUAUACAUACGCGCAGGCGUAGACCGAAGGGCGAGAAACCGACGAGGCACAGAAAAAAAGGAAACACGAUCUUAGCGCCUCAAGCAGCGGAACAAAUGGAUCGCGAUGAUAGCAUGAUGGAGGCUCUUCGACGACAAAUUCAGCCCCACCUGAUGAUGGCGUUGACGCCCCCGCAUAUAGCCGCUGGCCACCCGCCCCCACCUGCCGCUCAAAUCAGUUAUACAUUACCUUUGUCUACUUACAUGAUUCAUCAGCAUGUGAAAGCCGAGGGUACGCGUGUGCAACGGCACUUGUCCGUGGACACUGAGGAAGCCGACGAAGGUGAUGAGGAGAACGUUUCCGAUGUUCCCCUGAAUUUGGUGGCGACUUCGCUCUCGGAUCAGGCGCACUGAGAGAGUGCUCGAUCAACUUUCACGCCUAGGUAUGCUUACGAAAGCUUUCUAGACGGCACAGUCCGCAUUCGGCAAGUCUCCAUUUCUUUCUACUAAGAAAUAGCGAGCCAUUUUAUGACGGAUGCGGUAGAUCCCGACAGUGUUAUGAAGAGAGCCACUACUCUCGCUCAGCGCGCACGAUGAAACGAGAUGAUAUUAAUUACGCAGUAUUAAUUAUUCAUGAUGUACAUACACAGACACGCGUGCAUACGUAUACGCAUGCACGUACAUACAUAACACGUACAUACAUCCACACACAACACGUACACUAAAGAGACCGACGAACACACAUCUCGAACACACAGAGACACACAUAUAAGAAAAUAUUUUUAUACAAAAUUUUGUACGCUCGUCCGUUGUACAUACAUGUGCCGCGGAACUACCCGUGGUGCCACUCGGGGACGCUUGUCGUUGUCGUCGUUAUCGCCGUCGUCUCGUUUCAAUCAGGGAUUUUACAGUAACGACGACGGCGACGGCCUCUCCAAUGGCGUACCUGCAAGGUCGUUUUGACUUUCAACAUUCAUCUGCAUUACGCUCCAAAUUUGAAGGUCCUCUCGAACUUUUAUACGUUGCAUAAUGAAUGUUGGAUUUUUCACUUUAUUUUAAUACAAACAGUAAGCGAACUGUUUUGUAGUAUACUACUUUGUAGUAUUGAGUAUAUAAUAAUUUUCUUUCUGAUUCUUGGAUAUUUUAUGUGGGAGUUUACAUUAAAAAAUUGAUUUCAAUUAAUGACCUCUUAUCGUUCUAUACUAUCCUAAAAUAUACAGAAAUUUUUGAGAAUCGAAUCUCUUCAUAGAAUCUCUUUAUAUAUAGCUUUAUAUAAAAUUUCUCUCUAAAUAUAUUUUAUCGUAAUUAAUUCACUUUUGUCAAUAAGUCGUAAAGACUUAUCAAGAUUGUUUGGUCAAAAAGUAGAGUCUAAAAUAGUAGGGAAUUGUGAAAAAGAAUGAUAUCAUGACAGAUAGUAAAAGUUCAUUAAAAUUUUAGCAGAAUUAAUCAUUUAUAAUAUUGAAAAAAUGAAAAGUUAAUUUCAAGCCUUUUUAUAUAUUAAAAAUAUAUAUUGAUAAUAUAUAAUAAUAUAUAUUUAAUAUAUAUUUUUGCUCUCUCUAACUUUUCAUAGGGAAAUUAAAAUUAUUUGAUUUUAGAUGACAUAGUAGUAUACGUGUGAAAUUCUUUUUUGGGAAGGGGGAAGAAAUUUAACUAACAUUUAACGCAAAGUGAAUAAUUUUAAUUGAGCUUUUUAUUUCAAUUCGACUGGAAGGAAUAAUGUUUAUUUUGUGCGCAAGAGAUGUAUGAAAAAUUCAACGAAAGAUCCUGCAUUUCAUACGCAACAUCUUAACGUAUCUGUCCGAUGACGAAAAAUUUGAGCGGUUGACAAUAAAAAAUAUAGAAAAGGAUUGGCGCAAUAGAAAACUUCGGGGCCUGAAUAAAAUGCAGCAUGCUAGCAGCUAUGUCACAGAUGUGCCUCCUCUCUUCUUCGUUAUUCGGAGGAUGCACUUGCGGAGCCUUAAGUUAGAAACCUGUAGAUGCUAUCGAGUUUACGAGACUGCUAUAAUUGUGCGGAAACGAUUAAUAUGUCUAAACUUCCACCCUCUCCUCUCUCUUUCUCUAUCUCUCUUACUCUGCUUCCUUCAUUUCCUUUCUUUCAAUCCUCUCCCUUCCUCACUCCUCUCUACACCCUCUGCCUCUCGGAAGACUUGUACUUAAUCUCGGGCUGCGUACUCAUACGCAAUCACAUAAGCUAAAACUCCGGAAAAGCAAUAAUGAAUACGGCGUGGCGUUAUGUAUCGUUGUCGUCGUCAUUACGGAUACUCAUUUACACGCUCUCUCCCCCUUCCUCUCUUUCUCUAUCUAUCCAUUCGAUGACGAACGAGAAACACGCGACAACUUAAGAAAGUAAUAAUACUUAGGUAACAUUUAUUCGUACGUCACAUACGUUAAAGGUCAUGAAUUUUACCGCUCCACUGCUGCUGCGUAGCCAAUUUCUAUGAAUAGUAAUAUAAUAGAAAUGUAUAUAUUUUGUGGCUUCUCCCCUUAUAACUCUCUCUUUCUCUCACAAACAGGAUCGGAUUGGAGAGGCUUUCAUUUUAUUAGAGUAUAACCGAAACUAGGGUCCAUAUCUACCUCCUAUAUACAUUUACACAGAUCAUUUAACGAUAACAAACUGAGGAGUGUACAUUACAGAAAGUUAAUUUGUAGAAUAUAGCUUUGAAAUGCAAUAUAAUAGAUGAUCUUGAUCUGUAACGACGUACUUUCAAUGUUACAGUUAUCUGUGGGAUAUUCAAUUGUAAUUUUUCGAUGUGUUCCAAUGUUUUUUAGAAUGACUUAAUAUCGCUACACUAAUGUGACUUUCAAUUACUUUGAAAUUUCACAAUGUUUAUGUGUAUUGUGAAUAACUGUAUCAAGUUGAUUAGAGUCGAUUAGACUUUUCAAUUCAUUAUACAGGAUAUCCCAGCUAAAGUUUUACAAGUUUUUCUCUCUCUAAUAAAGAUUUUUAUUUUAUUUUAAUGUUCGCUGAGCUCUUUUACAUGACAGAUAGGGCACCACAAUACUGGAUCACCAGUAGGGACAGAGAAGGGAUCCCUUUAAACUCUUUCUAAAUAGAAUGACAUUUUGUUCUACACAUAAGUAGGAUUCUCCCCAUCGAGGAAAAAGGAAAUAUAAAAAAGUGGAGGUGCACGGGAUAGUGGUGUAAAAUCGUGACUGGAAUUAUUUCAGUGUCAACUCGGGCGUUGUUUUCAAUAAUUCGAAAUCAUGAUAUGCCUCUACUGUCGACUCUUGUGUUAUAUAUAUGUGUGUAUAUAUAUAUGUAAUAUAUAUAUUAUAUAUAUUUUUAUAUAAAUAGUAUGUUAUACGUAUAUAUAAUACAUUUAUAUAAACAUAUAUAUAUAAUAUAUAUUUUUCUUUUCUCUCCAAUCCGAAUCCCCCGUGUAAUGUAAUAACAUGAAAAACAUAGUGGGCUGGGGUCUCCGCUAUUUCUCCAGAAUUGUACAGAUAACGCGUGUCAGGAACGGGUGUUAAGCGACUUUACAUAGCGCAUAAUACUAUGGCCAGUGCAUCUACUCAUGGUAUCGUAAUACCUAACAUGUCGUAUACCUAAACAACAUUGCCAAAAAUAGAUUUAGUCUACGUACAUAGGAUAGUUAAGGACGUACAUGAAAAUUUAGCAGUCUUCUUUGUUCUUCCCGAAUCUUCCUUAUUAUGUUUUUCCCGCCGACGCUCUAUUCUUAGUCCUCCGUCUUUUUCUUCUUCUUCUGUAUUUCUUUGUUUUUUUUUUCCCCUCAAAAUCGCGAAACUACGUAUGUCUCUUUAUUUCUGUACCUCCCCAACGAGCCGGUUGUCGCUCUUUCCGUGGAGACCCUCGAAACGUUCUCGUGAGAUUUCGAAAACAGCUCGCAGCAGCCCGUGGAAGAAGCUAUUUUAGUGUUAGUCGUUAUCAAAGGAGCCUUAUAACAACAAAUACUUUUUUCCGCUGGCAACGCCGUUCUUUUGCUCUAUGAACUCAUUUGCAAUCGAUUUCUUUUUCCAAAUUAUCGAUGUUAUCGAUACUUUGCGAGUCAUAAGAAAAAAAUUUCAGAGUAAGAGUUUUUACGAAGAUAUUUUACAAGUGCGUUUAAACAUUAAAAAAGAAAGAAAAGUAUAACUUUCGAGAAAGAAUUUUUCGUGGAAAAAGGAUUUAAUUCCAAAUUUGUCCGAUAAUUUUUAAGUGCAAGAGAACAGCGUUGCAGAUAGGGAUAUCAUGUAUAUACAUAUAUAUGCUAGAAAAAUUGAGCUUGGAAUGAUUAUUGACCUAAAUAUAUUUUCCUUAACAUUGAGCGUUUUUGUAUAACGUGUAUGGCAUACAUACUAGUGAUUAAGCUUAAAGUUCAAAGUCGCUGAAAGUUCAAAAUAAAUAUGUGACUUUAGCAGCACAUAUUAGUUAGUCAACAAUUGGCCACUAUAGAUUCAACGUUCACCCUUUGCACGUGCUUUGUACUGCUCAGGGAAAUUUGUGUACAAUUUACACGGAUUAAUUAUUAUUGACCGUCGUGUAUAAAAAAUUGUGCAUCAUUAUAUUGUUACGUUGUCGAUAUAAUCGAUUUUAUUAAAAAUUAGGGACAACAACAUUUUAGAAAUCUUACAUUAAUUAGUAACGUUUGAUUGACAUCACUAAGUAAUCAACGAAGGUUGUAGUGAAUACCUAUUUUAAUGUCAAUUUCUAAAUUCUAACAAAAUAAAAGAAUACAACUUUGUUUCAUACACUUGUUUCAUACACUUUGUUUUGUUACACUUUGUUUGUAACAAAACACUUGAUUUGAAGAUUUUUAGUUGAAUGUAUCGAUCUAAAAAUCUCAGUUUGCAAGUCAGAAUUGCUAGAAACGCUCACUGUUAAGCUCGGUCGAACCAUUGUCGAGCUCCGUUGCCAACGUGCAUGUAUAAAUAUGUAUACAAAUACAUAUACUAUAAUAUAUAGAUGUGUGCAUGCAUACGUGCAUACGCGUGUGCAUGUAUAUGUGCACAAACCUACACCAUAUAUAUGUAUAGGCAUACGUGUAUACGUACGCGUGGGAGAAAUAUUCUAUGUUACUACGUAUUAUAUCGGAACCGUACGAAUAACAGCAACAUAAUCGAAUCGUCGAGGCGUAUGUACAUACAAAACAAAAAGAAAGAAACGCGGCGAGAUCCGGAGCUUCUGUCUCGUGUACGUCAAAUGAUCUUUCUUUUCCUUUUCGACACAUAUUCGGCGUUCUUUCUCCUCUCGUUCAGAACAGAACAGAAAGAACACGGCUCGUCGACGUCGCCCAGUAGACCGAAAUAGAUCGAAAGUUUACAGUAGCUUUAUACCACGUCGUCGUUGUCAAUCAAAACUCGUGUGACUCCAUUUUCCUAUCUUUUCUACAAGACAUUAUACAAAAUGAAUUGUUCGUAAGAAGUAUCGUAAGGCAAGUCGGCGUAGGAGGAAAAGGAGAGAAAUUGAGCCAUGUAAUGGUAUAAAUUCUAAAAAGAGGUCGCGGUUAAAACGAUACACUAUAUGGUAACAGAUAACAAUAAAUCGGAAGCCACUAGCGUUAAGUAUAAUCAGAGACGGAGAGUCGUAAUGUAUUAUUCUCUUAUUGAAAGUGACAUAAUAGACGGUAGAUCGAAAAGAGUCCGACUGAUGAAUGUAGCGUGUUGGGCAAGAACAAGCAAAGAAUAAUCCGCAAGCGGUAGCUUGCGUCGCUGCUAAAAACCGGUCGCUGUAAAAACGCGUUCGCUUUCAAAUACUCGGGGGAUUACCUCGCGGGCUAGUGGCGAAAGUCGAAGCACACCGAGAUCACAUCGUGUCCAUCCAACGUUUCUCGCGGGAGAACGAUUUAGUAUUAUCGUCAUAGUAUUACCUGGAAUUCCCUCCGAGAGAUAUGCCCCGAGACUCCAAUUCCGUCGACUUUUAGUUUCGCUGGAUGGGCAAGCGCGUUUGUUCGUUUCGUUCUAAGGGGGUAUGUGAUGUCACAGCAAACUGAUCUGAUCUUCGAAUCUGUAAGCGGGGUCCACGUACAUUUUGUAUAAUAAGAGAGGCGAGACCAUUCGCGAGAAAUGUGUGAGGAACGGUUAUCUAUAUAUUUCUCUCUUGUGUUAGAUAUUUUUUUUCUCAGCUAUAAUUGGCAUAUUGUAGAUUUUUAAUCAUUAGUUUUUUACACACAUACAAACACACAGACACACAGACACUCAUCCAAAUAUUAUUAUUAUUAUUAUUAUUGAUUAAAUAAUUAUUCUCAUUAUCAUCAUCGCUAAAGUAUAGAUUAGGUUUGAGCUCUCUACUAAAUGUGGAACUAGAGAAUAUUUUUUAUAAUAAUUAUGAUCUGAGUAUUGCUAUCGCUAUCGCUAUUAUUAUUAUUAUUAAUUAUUAUUAUUAUUAUUAUUAUUAUUAUUAUUAUUAAUUAUUAUAGCGUCGUUGUUUGCGCAUAUUCGAUUGACGCGACGCUCCUUUCCUCUCGUCUUCUGUUUCUGUCAUAACUUUCGUAAGAUCUUUUUUUUUCUCGAGUAUAGUUAUAUAUUUCGCGAAUAAUCGCCAUGGGUUUGUUUCGACGAUGAUGAAGCCGAGGCUUUUUAUACAUACGUUUUUUUUUUUAUGUAUCAGUAUUCUACACGUUUGAUCUUAGUGGAUAAGUGAUUCUUGAACCGACGCUACUUAAACCCCCGACACACAACGGCGAGAUUUACUUUACUUAAUUAUUAAAUUAUUGACUUUA